CACUCACCCCAUUACUCCUCUGUUUAUUUCUUCUCUUGAUUUCAUCACUAUCCCAACUGCAAGGACUCACCCCAAAAUGUGACGACGACGAUGACAACAACCACACCUCAACCCUCAAAGUGUUCCACAUAUUCAGUCCAUGUUCACCGUUUAAACCACAAACCCCAAUCUCAUGGGAACAAACCAUCCUCCAGCUUCAGGAAAAAGACCAAAAAAGGAUGGACUACCUUUCCAGCCUUGUCGCGAGGCGGUCGGUCGUGCCGAUCGCCUCCGGACGGCAGAUCACACAGAGCCCGACCUACAUUGUUCGGGCGAAAAUCGGUACGCCCAAACAGACGCUGCUCAUGGCUAUGGACACUAGCAAUGAUGUUGCUUGGGUGCCUUGUACUGGUUGUCUUGGUUGUUCUUCUUCCACGGCUUUUGCUCCUUCCAAGUCAACAACUUUUAGGAGCGUUCGUUGUGGUGCUUCUCAGUGUAAACAGGCACCCAACCCCAGAUGUGGUGGAAGCGCGUGUGCAUUCAACUUAACCUACGGCAGUUCCAGCGUGGCAGCAAGCUUGGUCCAAGACACAGUGACACUAGCCACGGACCCAAUUCCAGCCUACACCUUUGGGUGCAUUCGGAAGGCCACAGGGAGCUCAGUACCACCGCAGGGCCUAUUGGGCUUGGGCCGAGGCCCAUUAGCACUUUUGUCACAGACUCAAAAGUUGUACCAAUCCACAUUCUCUUAUUGUCUGCCCAGUUUCAAAGCCCUAAAUUUCUCUGGGUCUUUGAGACUUGGUCCUGUAGCACAACCUAAGAGGAUCAAAUUUACACCACUGCUCAGAAACCCAAGAAGGUCAUCACUUUACUAUGUCAACUUGGUUGCUAUUAGGGUUGGCCGGAGAAUUGUUGAUAUCCCGCCGCCGGCAUUGGCGUUCAACCCAACCACUGGUGCCGGCACCAUCUUCGAUUCUGGUACGGUAUUUACCCGGCUAGUUGAACCAGCCUACAUUGCAGUCCGAAACGAGUUCCGUAGAAGAGUUGGUCGGAAAAUAGCAGUGACAACACUAGGAGGGUUUGAUACAUGCUAUACGGUUCCAAUAGUUGCACCCACAAUAACAUUCAUGUUCUCUGGCAUGAACGUUACGCUCCCUACGGACAACAUCCUCAUACAUAGCACCGCCGGCGGCAUCACGUGCUUGGCCAUGGCUGCCGCGCCGGACAACGUGAACUCGGUCCUCAAUGUCAUAGCCAACAUGCAGCAACAGAACCACCGUGUGCUCUUUGAUGUGCCCAACUCAAGGCUUGGCGUUGCUCGUGAGCCUUGCACCUAAACUUUUUUUAAGAAAAGAAAAUGGUGACUAUUGGUCCAAAGUUUUCAUGAUUUGUCACACUUGUAUUGUAUUGUAUUGUCUAAUUGGAUUACAAGUUGGUGUUUGAGACGUUGCUAUUUGGUGUAUUCGUAUGGAUUAGGUUUCAACAUUGCCAAGGGUUUAUAGCUAAUUAUAUAGUAUAAGAUUAGUGAGAUGCUUUUAAUUUGUGUAAGGAAAUUACAUUUGUGCUAUGAGCAAGGUUGGAAGUUAAUUAAAUUGGUAGCUAUAAUAAAUAGUGUAUUAGUGUGUA